UAUCUUGUUGAUGACAGACGGAGACGAAACACAAAUUAGGGUUUCACAAUUGCCCAUCAAGUCGCCGAGACAGUGGAUUGCCGCCGCCGCCUCUUCCUCCUCAUCCUCCCGAAAUUUAGCUCCUUUCCUGUUGGGUUUCUACGAUUUAGGUAUAUGAUAAAAUCAUUCGAAUUAUGGCGCACUGAAUCAAACUCACAACACUGGUUUGUGACAUGCGUAGGCUAUUGAAGUUCACUCUUCUUGUUCCGGAGCUUGACACAUCAUCCUUCUGGGAGUUAGAUCUUGUGAGCUGCUGCCACCAACUCUUACAUGAACCUUAUCUGAGAGAGGAAAACGUCAAACAUGGGAGCUCUUGCUCAGGUUGUUUCCUGGAUACCCGAAGACGACCUGCUUCUAAAGAACGCCAUAGAGGCUGGUGCAUCUUUGGAAUCGCUUGCUAAAGGCGCUGUGCAGUUUUCUAGAAGAUUCUCUAUCAGAGAACUCCAAGAUCGAUGGCACUCACUCCUAUACGAUCCAGUAGUUUCUGCAGAGGCAGCUCUUCGGAUGGCUGAGCUUGAACGUACCAACCCUAAUUUUCCUACAAAGUUUACUAGAACCGGAUCAAAAGAAAACAAAAGCUCAUCUAAGAGGAGGAGAGCUGAACAGCUCAGAAGCACUUAUCAUUCCUUACGCAAGAAGUUUCGCACCGAGUCGUUCAAUUCCUUGGAUCUAGGCUUUCUCGUUCCAUCGAAUGACAGCCAUUUCAUGGAUAAUGGUGAUGGAACACAUCUUGGUCUUGAAGACUCUCACAUGGACAUCAUCCACAACGCCUUCCCAGAUAUCUUGGCUGACGGCGGCGGUGGUUGCGUGACGAAUCAUGUUGAUAAUUUACAGGGAAACAUCUCCUACGUUGGAGGAGGAGAAGAUCUCACAUUCACUCAACACGCCGGUCCUUCCGAAUGCGAAGGUGGUUCCAAACAGAAGCUAGAGCCGAAAACCACUAGCACUGAUUGUUUCCUAGCACAGCUUUCAACUUCUCUUUUCGAAGACGAGGAACCGUUCAUGGGAGUAGAUGGCAAAGAAGUUGACAAGUCGUAUUAUGAUGGUCUUAGCUCACUGUUGGGGAACCCGGCAAAUGUGAAAACUAGCGGGGUUUUGCCUAUUACCACCGUACAAGAUCUUCCCGUAGAUGCGGUUCCGAAUGGCCAUGUGAUCCCUGAGCUAUAUGGUACAAGUGCAGUGAGCUCAAUGGAGUGCAAAUCUGUGCCUGACUUAUCUGCUUUUGAUCCUCAUCCUGAGGUUGUUAAUGGUGUUAUCUGCUGCCUGUUAAACCAAGAGGAUCCUGAUAUUCCGUGUAACGAUGACAUUUUUCUGUCCAACACCUGCCAUCCGAUGUCGGUUUCUUCGUUGGCCCGGCGGAACUUCAAAGAUAUAAGCAAUCCAAUAACUUCAUCUGUUAGAGAUCUCUCUGCCAGUAGGGAAAGGAGUGAGGGAAAUGCACAAAAGAAGACACCCGGACGUUUGCAAGGAAAGCCAGAGAUGGGUCAACCCAGCCAAUCUACCAAAUUCAAGGCAUUGACAAACCCUGAGCAACAUAAUAAGGUUGGUCCUCCACAGGCAUGCUCAAACACUCUUCUUCUUUCUGAUGGUGCUGGUGCAAAAGAUGGAAACAACAAAGAGGUGGCCAGUGGAAAACGUAUCGUCGGGUUUGAUGAACAUGGUAGCUAUUCCGAGAAGGAAAGUGGAAACUGUAAAGAGGAAGAAGGUGUAGUACCUGUAAAUGAAGUGCCACAAGCAAAAGAUGAUGAUGAUGUUGACUUGAUUGAGAUUUUAGAACGUGAGCUGGAGAUGACAACUAAUACAGAAGCAGAGGAGCAGGUAUUUGAGAGCGAGGAGGAGGACUUGCCGAAUUAUUCUGACAUUGAGGCUAUGAUACUUGACAUGGACUUGGAUCCAGAUGACCAAGAUAAUUUUGAUCUCGAAGUCUCCAAGUAUCAGAGCCAAGAGAUGAAAAGAACAAUUAUGAGACUUGAACAGGCUGCGUACUCAUAUAUGCAAAGAGCCAUUGCUUCCCGUGGUGCAUUCGCUGUUUUAUAUGGUAGAUAUUCAAAACACUACAUCAAGAAGCCUGAGGUAUUGGUGGGUAGAUCAACAGAAGAUCUGUCGGUGGACAUUGAUUUGGGAAGAGAAAAGCGUGGCAGCAAAAUAUCUCGACGCCAGGCGAUCAUACGGUUGGGUGAUGAUGGGUCGUUUCAUAUGAAAAACCUUGGGAAGUAUGCAAUCUCAGUAAAUGAGAAGGAAGUAGAUCCUGGUCAGAGUUUAAUACUCAAAUCUGAUUCUCUGCUUGAGAUACGGGGAAUGCCUUUUAUAUUCGAGACAAACCAAAGUCGCAUGAAAGAGUACUUGAAGAGAACAGGGAAAGGGAAUUGAGACCGGAGACGAGAGGUGAGUGUUCUUUUCUGUGUAUUGGCUUGUGAAGAAGUUGAAUGAUAGUGUCUCUCUUGUAGGCUUGUGUAAUGUUACCUUAAACCACAGGAGCAUGUUUUGUAGAUCUUUUUAUUACAUGUUUAAUUCUGCAACAUGCAUAGUUGACCCCGUUUUUUUUUUAACUUGUUAGCCAGAAAAUGAAAAUACAACUAUGAUUGCAACUGA